GGGAGCCUUCGCUCCUAUCAUCUCCACCACAUUUCUACUUCCGUGUACAAAAAAAAGAUGUGUGUGGCCUUCCGGCACGGACGCUCCGAGCGACCGCAUGCUCUGCUCGCGGAUUGACCAUCAUCUGCCCUAAUGCAUCUCUAUGCUGACAUGGAUACAGUCAUCUUCCCCACCCCUCGUUAAUUCCAUCAAUCGGACGUCGUCCCUACGCUUCUGGAGAUUCGCAGCAAACGUCCCUGCCUGCCGCGGAUGUCCAAGCACAAUUUCAACACUCCUCCCCCUCCCACAGCCGCUCUCCGUCACCUAUCGCGGCACGAUCACCUCCACCAGCGCGCGCCUCCCUUAUCUGAUUCCCUGAUCCAAAAUCGCCAUUGGAUCCAUCACGCAGGAUGUCUGCGGCCCCGAACUGUCAAUCGGUCGACCCCCGGGAGCAAGCAUCGGUUCUCUCAGGGCAAUACACUUACACUGGACGUCGUGAGCCCGUCUUCGCCUCGUCGACGCGUUUGCUAUGCAUCACACCUUGGCGCCAUCUGCGUGAGACGUUCCAGUUACUCGUACCACCGUCAUACGAUAUACACACGCCUAUGGUUGCCGGGAUCUCACAAAGCACGCACGACGAUCCGGCCUCAUGUCCUUCCAUCUUCCACCUUCCUCAAGUCCCCAAGUCCGCAGACCCGUAAAGCUAUCCCACAUCUCGCACGCCGAUUAGCUGCCGUACCCCACGCUCGACGACGCAAAGCGCCCUACCCCACACUUCUAGCCGAGCCACGCUGGCCCAGCUCGCCUUCCUAACGUCUUCUCCCGCGUACGCCAGCGAGGCUGUGCCGAGCAUCCUUCCCCGCAGGCACGCAUGCGCACGCCGCCCGUCGGCUUACGUCCCAAGAUGCACGCCACACGCCAGAAGGCCGCCAGUGCGCCACGAA